AUGCCACUGGCCCUGCUUCCCCGGGCUGGCGUGGCGCUGUGCUUGCUGGAAGGGCCAGCCGGCAGGAUUGUCAGGCCAUCGCCCGUCACGUUACGUACCUUUCUACACGCACACACACCUCAAAACACACAGCACACCACAACCAUGCGUCCUCGUAUUCCCCGUCUCCCCAAGGCCAAGCGCUCCGAGGUCUGGAUCAUGGGCGCCGCCGGCGUUGGCGUCCUCGCCCCGCUCUACAUGAUCAUGCCCGGUGCCGACGAGCGCCUGGCCAAGCAGACGACCAAGUGGGCGCCGCGCUGGGAGAAGAACAUCAGCUACUUCUCGCCCCCCGUCGAGCGCGGCAUGCAGCGCAUCGAGCCGCCCGUGUCCCGCGCCGUCCAGCGGAUGGAGGAGCGCCUGCCGCUCGAGCGCAUGGCCAAGGGCGUCGACUCGUCCAUCAAGGCCGGCAUCGAGCGCUUCGCCCCCAAGCCCAAGGACUAA